CAGAAGUGACAGUAACAUGGACGAAACUCAGACAGCUCACCCAUGUUAUUUGUAAGAUAUCAUUUCUCUGUGGAUUUCUACCAGUCUGCUGCAGGUAUUGUAUAGAUAUGACUCAAGCCUGAAGCAUCUCUGAGAAAGAUAUCCAAGAGGAGACAGAAUGGAGUCUCUGAAUUCAACCCACACCACCAACAUCAGCAGUGCUGACAACACCAGCCUCUUCUCUAGAAGCUUGUACACGACCGUGGAGAUAGUGCUCAUCAUCCUGGUGGCUGGAUCUCUGAGUCUGAUCACUGUGAUUGGAAACAUCCUGGUCAUGCUCUCUAUCAAGGUAAACAGAAACCUGCAGACCGUCAACAACUACUUCCUGUUCAGCCUGGCCUGUGCAGACCUUAUUAUCGGCGUCUGCUCCAUGAACCUCUACACUGUCUACAUUGUGAUAGGCUACUGGCCUUUGGGAGCAGUGGUGUGUGACCUGUGGUUGGCUGUCGAUUAUGUUGUCAGCAACGCCUCAGUCAUGAACCUACUCAUCAUUAGUUUUGACCGUUACUUCUGUGUCACCAAACCACUCAGCUACCCAGCACGCCGCAGCACCAAGAUGGCGGGCCUGAUGAUCGCCGCAGCCUGGGUCUUAUCCUUCAUCCUGUGGGCUCCCGCCAUUUUGUUCUGGCAGUUCAUUGUGGGUGGGAGAACCGUGCCACCAGAUGAGUGCUACAUCCAGUUCUUCUCCAACCCAGUCGUGACGUUUGGGACAGCCAUAGCAGCUUUUUACCUGCCAGUGGCCAUCAUGAUCUACCUCUACUGGCGCAUCUCAAAGGCCAGCCGUAGCCGCAUGAGGAAGGACAGCAGGAAGACCUCAGGCACCAGUUUGGGAGAAGGCCCCUCUCACAGCCAGGAGGAAGGAUGUGAGAGCCAGAACAACUGCAUCGAGGCAAGAGGAGCUCAGGAGGAGGCUGGAGAUGGGAAGGAGAAGGAAAUGUUGCAGCAGCAGAAUGGAAGAGGCCCUUGCAAAGAGGAAAGAACCGACCAGGUGGACUCAGACAGCAUCCACGCCUCAACAUCUAAAGACUUGGCUGCAGUCCCUGCGUCCUCACAGAGAGGAUCAACUGCUGGGAGGAAGGCAAAUCAAACACAGCCACCUUCUCCGGAGAACUCAGCCGCUGACAGGCAAAGUCUGGUCACAAGGACACUGUUUAAGGUGACAAAGCAGAACGCUGUGGCAAAGUGGAAAAGGAAGGGCAUUUCCUCCAGGGAGAAAAAGGUGACGCGAACCAUCAUGGCUAUCCUGGUUGCUUUUGUUGCCACAUGGACGCCGUACAACGUGAUGGUGCUGAUCAACACCUUCUGCUCCAUCUGCAUCCCAAACUCCCUCUGGACCAUUGGCUACUGGCUCUGCUAUAUCAACAGCACCGUCAACCCGGCCUGCUAUGCCCUCUGCAAUGCCACCUUCAAAAAUACUUUCAAGCACCUGCUUCUGUGCCAGUACAAGAACAUACGUGCGGCACGAUGAGGGUGGGAACACCGCCUCAUGUCCGUGAUGGAGUCAAAAUAAUGUGAUAAAGAGAUCAAAGACACCAAUAUUGGCGUGAACAUGUUGUUGAAACAUAGGCUAGGUGUGUUCUCGUUGUGCACUUACUCCAUUUCUUUUUCAACUUUCUCCCUCUGCCACUGAAAAUGAAAUGAAACUGUUUUAAUUUCAUAAUUGUAUAUGCUUUUUUUAAAUUUGUAAUUGUACUUAACUUUGAUGGUUUUAAAAAAGACAUGGCAUUGUAUUAUAAUGUUCCAGCCAAUGCUUUCUAGUAGGAAUGCUGUUUAUUGUGAAAACAUUGACCGAGUGUCAUUUGGGGUUUUACUUUGAAAGGAUCUUUUCCUCUUUGCUCCUUCUACAUGAGCUUGUGCAGCACGUUGUUUAAUAUGCAACCUGUUUUUACCCCAGCAUUAAAAGUGUGGUUAAUGUGAUAAAAGUAUAAGUCUACUAUAAGAAGAAGACGAUCCACUGUAGAAAAAUACACUGUAUUCUUGACAUGUUAUUGUAUAAAGUGACACUGAGCUGUGAAGUGGGAAGAAUUAGCCAAACUGAGAAAUCAUCAGUCGAAUUAAAAACUUUCAGAAGUCUGUAAAAAGAUGUGUGUGGGUGUAUAUGUGUGUGUGUCUGUGUGCGUGCGUGCACGUUUCCUCUAUGGUUAAAUUUACUCACUCCUAUUAAACUAAUAACAUCUGUAAUCCAUGUUG